AGUGCUGCAGCUGUUUGGCCAGCUCAGUGUUUCUUCCAAGACGGACUUCAGCGUUAACUGUGGUCAGAUCGACCUAAAACUUGUAAAUUAUUUUGUUCUAGCUAAGCGGCCACAUGUGUUCAUUUGACGUACAUCGUACACAGGGGGCGUGUCGUUGCUAGAAACUUUGGAUAGAAAUCUAACUGGCAUGCCAGAUAGCUAGCUAGCUAGCUAGCUAACAGGCUAAGAGCCUGCCAGCUGACUGUUGGUUUGUGUUUGUUUCCAAUUCAGUUUACAGAUUUAGUUGAUUUAAAACGGGAGGAUGUGUGAGGACCAGAAGAACUCUGUUCGUUUUCUUCAGCUGUGAAAGGGCUUUGGUUUAAUUUCGCUAUUCCAAGUAGCAGCGAUGAGAAGGUAACGGGGACAUAAGUACUGGAACUGGACUUAAACUGGUCGAGUUUGGGGGACGUGAAAAAUGGAAGACAAAUACAGCAGCAACGUACUCUCAGGGGGGAAACUGGGCAUGGUCGAAGUGCCCAAUUCCAGAUUAACCAGGUAUAUAGUUUUACUGGUCGUCUCCAAGGUCCUCAAGGCUCUUGGGAUCUUUGAAUCAUAUGAUAUCCUAAAAGUUGUUCACAUUGUCCAAUUCAUCUUCGUACUAAAAUUAGGGACUGCUGUUAUUCUACUUUUCUUUCAAAAGCCUUUCUCUUCAGGGAAAGUUAUAUCAAAAAGACAGUGGAUAAAGUUACUAAAGCAUGCAGUUCUCAGCUGCGUCAUAUCUCUCCUGGGAUUCUUUGGUCUAACUCUCUGUGGACCUCUAAGGACAUUGUUACUUUUUGAGCACAGUGAUGUGGUGGUCAUUGCUCUCCUUGGUGUCCUGUUCACCAGCUCAGGAGGGGGACCAUCCAAGACCAGAGGCGCUGCUUUCUUCAUCAUUGCUGUGAUCUGCCUCCUCCUCUUUGACAACGAUGAUCUCAUGGCAAAGAUGGCUGAGCACCCUGAGGGACACCAUGACAGCGCGCUCACUCAUUUCCUCUACACUGCCAUUGCAUUUUUAGGGGUUGCGGAUCAUAAAGGUGGUGUUGUGCUGCUGGUGGUCUCCCUGUGUCUGAAGGUGGGCUUCCACACGGCCUCCAGGAAGUUAUCAGUGGAAAUUGGUGGUGCAAAACGCCUCUAUGCCCUUGACAACCUGGUUUCUGCCAUGGUGCUGCUUCCCUGGGUCAUCGUGCUCUCAGCAACCACGGAGAGUAAAGUUGAAUCUUGGUCGUCCCUCAUCCUGCCUUUCGGGAUGAUCAUCUUCUCCGUGAUGAUCCUGGAGUUUUACGUGGAGGCCAUCUGCAAUGCAAAGAUGGAGAUGCCGAGGUGCGCCCGCUAUGGCACCAUCGCCCUCUUCCUCAGUGCCCUGCUGCUGGCCAACUUCUGGACUCACCCGCUGACGGAUCAGCUGCGUUCCAUGAGCAAGCCGCCUCAGCAGGUCAGCACGGAGCACGUGCUCUCUGGAGGAGUGCUAGUCAGCGCCAUCUUCUUCAUCAUGUCGUCCAGUAUUCUCUCGUCUCCCUCAAAGAAAGGUCAGAAGGGCACCUUGGUAGGUUACUCACCUGAAGGGACUCCUCUGUACAACUUCAUGGGCGACGCCCUGCAGCACACAUCGCAGUCUCUGCCACGGUUCAUCAAAGAUUCACUGAAACAAAUCCUGGAGGAAUACGACUCCAGACAAAUCUUCUACUUCCUGUGUCUCAACCUGGCUUUUACCUUUGUGGAGCUGUUUUAUGGUGUUUGGACAAACAGCCUGGGGUUGAUCUCUGAUGGCUUCCACAUGCUAUUUGACUGCUCUGCUUUAGUCCUGGGCCUGUUUGCUGCCCUCAUGACCCGCUGGAAAGCUACCAGGAUCUUUUCCUAUGGGUAUGGUCGUGUUGAAAUUCUUUCUGGAUUCAUCAACGGCCUGUUCCUGAUGGUCAUUGCUUUCUUUGUCUUUGUGGAGUCGGUCACCCGUUUGUUGGAUCCUCCUAAUAUAAACACAGACAUGCUGACUCCGGUGUCUGUCGGAGGCUUACUGGUCAACCUGGUGGGUAUCUGCGCUUUCAGUCACGCUCACUCCCACGGCGGCAAAAGCUGCUCAUCACAUGACCACGGCCACUCGCACCACGGCCACUCCCACAGCGAGCAUAGCCACGGAGGUCACGGCCACUCUCAUGGAGGACACGGGCACGGCGGACACGGGCACUCCCACAGCUCUGCGGGUGGAGGCAUGAACGCUAACAUGAGAGGUGUUUUCCUUCAUGUCCUGGCUGAUACUUUAGGCAGCGUUGGUGUGAUCAUCUCCACCAUCCUCAUCCGGCAGUUCGGCUGGUUGAUCGCUGACCCUAUUUGCUCGCUCUUCAUCGCCACGCUCAUUUUUCUCAGCGUCAUCCCUCUGCUCAAAGACGCCUGUGAGGUUCUUCUUCUGCGAACUCCCCCAGAACACGAGAAGGACCUGAACGGUGCACUGGAGAAGGUCGAGAAGAUUGAAGGAGUGUUGUCAUACAGAGACCCUCAUUUCUGGAGGCAUUCAGCCAACAUGAUCGCAGGGACCAUCCACCUUCAGAUCAUGUCAGAUGUGGUGGAGCAGAGGAUCAUACAGCAGGUGACAGCCAUUUUGAAAGACGCGGGGGUGAAUAAUCUGUCGGUCCAGGUUGAGAAGGAGGCGUACUUCCAGCACAUGUCUGGACUCAGCACCGGAUUUCAUGAGGUUCUGGCAAUGACGCAGCAGAUGGAGUCCAUGAAGUAUCUGAAAGAUGGGACGUGCAUCAUGUAGCGUCCAUCUGUGGGACCAAAUGAAACUUUAGUGAUUCUUCUUUUUUGAAAUGUACAGUGUAUGUAUGUGCUUUAAAUAAAUCUGAAUAUAUUGGUUUUAUCA